GGGUUAAUUUAGUUUAUAACAAAAGUUAAAAUACUCAUUUUAUGUUGUGCGCGUGAAUACAUAAUGUCCCGGAAACCUGUUAAUCAAAACAAACCACUGACAAUGUCAGCAUUUCUUGGCCUAGACAAGAGCAGUCAGAGUCAAUCGACGCAGUUAACAAGAGAGUCUCGAAAAAAUAUACAGGAGGCGAGAAUAGCAAAGGCAAAGUUUUACAAUCCCAUUUAUCUCGAUUCAUCGUCAUCGGAGGAAGAUGAUGAGCAGAGUCAGAGGAAGCAGUCAAAGAACAAGGAGCCGGAUAAGGAUGCUAAUGGAAAUUCACUUAUUAAAAGGUAUAGCUUCGAUAAUGUCAACCAAUCGCCGCUAGCACCAUUCCCAGCGAAUGCCAUCCUCAACCCAAUGACGCAAACACCGCCAAAAAACGCCUCUGGCGUCAAAUUAAACUUCGAUAAUUUGGAUGAGGUGCUCAAACAGGAUGCAACCUAUCAAGCCACAUUGUCAAAGCUCAAUGGUCACAUAAAUAAGCUGUCCGUAUCACCACGCAAACCACUCUCGUUGUCUCAAUCCCCUCUCAAGCCCAUUGAGACAAUCAAAUUGAGUUCCUCAAAUGUGUGCAACUUAGACGACACUUUCGAUGCGAUGGUGAACAAAACUAUCAAAAGUGAGCCAUUGUCUGAUUGCACACCGACACAGCCAUUUGUACCACCGAUCAAGUCGGACCCAACGCCCUCCAGCGAUUCACUAUUGAAUCUUAAGGAGAAGCCACCAACUCCAACAGCAGCAGCAGCAGUAAAAUCGCAGUCACUAGCUAAAGAGCAGCCCAAGUUGAGAUUCGUCUUUGAUAAUUCAUUGGCCGAUUAUUUGCGCGAUUUGGGUCAAUAUGAUAUUGGCAUAAGCAAGACGGAUUUUGGUCAGCAGAAUGACGCAAUGCUUAGGAGCACGAUGGGCAUGUAUAAGUCCAGGUAUAUUGAGCUAAUGGAGAAGUACUGCGAGGUGAUCGAUCAAAUACCCGCAGUGCAUUUUAGUAAAAUUGAAGGCUUCGAGGCAAACACAUUUCUCAAGCUUAAGGUAAUGAGGCAAAAGUUUAAGGCACGCACGCAGCUCUUGGAACGGCAAAUAGAGCGUAAGCGGCAGGAGCGUAAGGCGGAACCGGAGGCGCAUGACUUUGAUGCACUGGAGCGAGAGGAGCGUGAAAUGCAGGCGGAACAGUUGCUGCAAACUCCCAGUAGUUAUGCAACAUGCCCCUCAGAGGAUCAGAAUGAUGAGGAGCUAAAUGAUCUGGUGCUAAUGACAAAGCCCAGCAUAAUGACAACAACAGCACAAGCCACAACAAACAGCAAGUAUACGAAUGGUCCACCAGAUGAUUUACACGAUUUGGUGCCCAUGGAAAGUCCUUGUCAUGAGUCGGACGAGGAUGAUUACUUGGCUCAGAGCAUUCUGAUGGAUGAGGAAGAGCUCUGCAGCUCCACACAAUACGCUGCAAAUCCUGCCAAGUCCGCCGCCGCUUCUGCCAUUGAAAAGCCCACAGUUGUCGUACAUUCGGAUGAUGACGAGGAAACCCUAAAAGAAAUCCACGAGGAGCACGAGGCGCUGCGAGGACGCAAAUCGGAGUAUAAUAAUUAUGCGUAUGCUGACUUUGAGGCUGUAAAGCAGCCAACCAAGCCAUCGGAGCCUGCCCAGCGCAUAAACUUUGCCGCAGAUAGCAAGAAGCCCAUUGUGCUCGACGACGAUGGCUUUCCCGAGUACGAUCCGGCGCUGUUUGAGCAAGCUUAUGAGCAGGCAUCAGUGAUGGCCAUUGUAGACUUGACCGCCGUCGAGACCAGGCCCAGCACGAGCCGCACAUCCAUCGUACCAGCUUCUGCACAAAAGAUUUCAGGAAAUUUCCAUGCCAACGUGCACAACGACGGCAUCACCGGCGAGUUCGAUGGCCAAAAGUUUGAGCAUUCGACGCGUCUGAUGCAGGCGCUCAGUUUUAGCUUUGGUCUGAAGAGCUUUCGCCCCAAUCAGCUGCAAGUUAUCAAUGCGGCACUGCUGGGCAACGAUUGCUUUGUGCUAAUGCCCACGGGAGGAGGCAAAUCUCUAUGCUAUCAGCUACCCGCCAUACUCACCGAGGGCGUCACCAUUGUCAUAAGUCCGCUCAAAUCACUGAUCUUUGAUCAGGUCAGCAAACUGGCUUCGCUGGAUAUUUGCGCAAAGAGCAUGUCCGGCGAACAGUCGAUGGAGGAUACUAUGGCCAUAUAUAGAGAUCUUGAAGGACAUUCGCCAUUGGUCAAACUAUUGUAUGUAACGCCGGAGAAGAUUUCCAGUUCGGCACGCUUCCAGGACACUCUCGACCAUCUGAGCGCCAACAAUUUUAUCAGUCGCUUUGUCAUUGAUGAGGCGCACUGUGUGUCCCAGUGGGGCCACGACUUUAGGCCAGAUUACAAGAAACUGGGCAUUUUACGGAAACGUUUCCCCAAUGUGCCCACAAUGGCGUUGACAGCAACGGCGACGCCACGCGUCCGCCAGGAUAUUCUACAGCAGCUGAAUCUGACACACUGCAAAUGGUUCUUGUCCAGUUUCAAUCGUAGCAAUUUGCGGUUUCAGGUGCUGCCCAAGAAAGGCGCCUCUACGCUGGAUGAAAUGCGGAGCUUCAUACAGACGCGUCCGAUUACCGCCAGCGGCAUAAUAUACUGCUUGUCGCGCAAGGAGUGUGACGAGGUGGCCCACAAGAUGAGCGCAGCGGGCAUACGUGCGGUGGCCUACCAUGCCGGCCUAACGGAUACGGCGCGCGAGUCUCGCCAGAAGGAUUGGAUAACGAAUAAGGUGCGCGUCAUAUGCGCCACAAUUGCCUUUGGCAUGGGCAUUGAUAAGCCCGAUGUACGCUUCGUUCUUCACUAUUCACUGCCCAAGUCCAUUGAGGGCUACUAUCAGGAGGCGGGUCGCGCCGGACGCGAUGGCGAAAUAGCCGAUUGCAUACUCUACUACAACUACAGUGACAUGAUGCGCCUCAAAAAGAUGAUGGACGCGGAUCGUGCGCUUGAAUAUCAUGUGAAGAAAAUUCACAUCGACAAUCUGCAUCGCAUUGUCGGCUACUGUGAGAAUAUCACCGACUGUCGUCGUGCCCAGCAGCUGGACUAUUUCGGAGAGCACUUCACCAGCGAGCAGUGCCUGGAGAAUCGACGCACUGCCUGCGACAACUGCCUGAAGAAGCGCAGUUAUAAGCAGAUCGAUGUGCUCGAUCAGUGCAGAAAGGCGGCGAAAGCUGUGCGAGAAUUGUGCAGCGGUCGUUCACGCUUCACACUGCUCCAUUUGGCAGAUGUGCUCAAGGGCGCCAAUAUUAAGAAGAUUGUCGAAAUGGGUCACAAUAAGACACCGCAUCAUGGCGCUCUCAAAGAUUGGGACAAGGCGGAUGUGCAGCGUCUUUUGCGGCACAUGGUGCUCAAAGACUAUCUCAAGGAGGAUCUCAUCUUUACCAAGGACAUACCGCAGGCGUAUCUCUACCUGGGUAACAAUAUUACAGCGCUCAUGAAUGGUACGCCGAAAAUCGAAUUUGCACUCUCACGCAAGGAGAGCGGCGGCACCAAGUCGGUGGCCACCGUCUCAGAGCCCGCUGCAGCAGGCACCAACGAUUUGAGUCACCUGCACCAACGUUGCUAUGCAGAUCUGCUCGAUUUGUGUCGCACCAUUGCCGCUGCACGAAAUGUGACCAUGGCCAGUAUUAUGAAUAUGCAGGCGCUUAAGGCCAUGGCCGAGGAGCUGCCCGCCACGGAGAAGGACAUGUGCGCCAUUCCCCAUGUUACCAAGGCCAACUUCGAUAAGUAUGGCGCAAAGCUGCUGGAGAUUACAAGUGGCUACGCCACUGAGAAGGAAUGCCUGCAGGUAAUGCACGACAUGGAGGCUGCUGAGUCCGCAGCUCCAGCGCCGAUAACGCCACAAAAUUCAAGCAGCGCACGCGCAUCCUGGGCAGCACAAGGUGGCGAAGAUGAUGAUUGGGGUAGAGCGGCGGCAUUGCAGGGCGCGUCUGGCUCUUCGGGCGGAGGAGCGCGUGGCGGCAAACGUAAACGGGCCUGGCGUGGACGGGCCGUCACUGGCGCUACCAAGCGAUACAAGGGCGCGGCGAGUGGAUCACCUGCGGCGGUUCGCAAGAGAGCGACGCCCACUAAGAGCAGUCGUGGAGGCACUGCAGCCAAACGAGGCGCUGCGAGAGGUGCUGGUGCCGGCGCAUCCGGUUGGCUGGGCAAGAAAACAGGUACCAGCAGCGGAUUUCAAUUGAUGCCGCUACCAGGCUCACAUUAAUUCAUAAUUUGAAAAAUAAACAUAUUUUUUCUCUUA